AUGUCCUCAACCCAAAAAGAGAGCUUGCCCAAAGUGGUGGUGGUAGCUACUGAAGGGUUUUCAGAAAAGAAACAUUACUGGGAAGUGGAGGUGGGGGACAAAUCAGAGUGGGAGCUGGGUGUGGAGGUCUCCAGCUGA